AUGGCCGGGCCCAAAUACCUCAGCGGAGACGCCGCUGCCAUUGACGAGUUUCUUGACAAGUUUGAUACAUUCCUGCUGGACUGUGAUGGCGUCCUGUGGUCCGGCGACCACGUAUUCGAGGGCAUCCCGGAGACGAUUGAACUCCUCCGCAGCAAAGGCAAACGAACGGUCUUUGUGACCAACAACUCGACCAAGUCGCGCGCAGAGUACCAUGCCAAGCUCGCGGCCAAGGGCAUCCCAUCGGACACGGACGACAUAUUCGGCUCGGCAUACUCGGCAGCCAUCUAUAUUUCACGCAUCCUCAAGCUGAAGGCGCCGCGCAACAAGGUGUUUGUGCUGGGUGAAGCCGGCAUCGAGGCAGAGCUGCGCAGCGAGGGCAUCCCGUACAUCGGCGGGACGGACCCGGCGUUCCGGCGUCUGGGCAUGGAGCCGGCUGACUUUGCAGCCGUGGCAGACGGCUCCGGACUCGACCCAGAUGUCGGUGUGGUGCUGGCCGGACUCGACUUCCACGUGACCUAUCUGAAGCUGGCCCACGCACACGCCUACCUGCUCGGCAACCACGACGUCGCCGGUGGACAUGACGGCAAGGCACUGUUCCUAGCCACCAACACGGACAGCACGUUGCCGAUGAGCGGCAGCUUCUUCCCCGGCGCCGGCUCGGCUACGGUCGUGGCACUGUCCAACAUGACGGGCCAGCAGCCGCUGGCCCUGGGUAAGCCCAGCCAGGCAAUGAUGGACGCCGUCGAGGGCAAGUUCCAUCUAGACCGCUCGCGCACCUGCAUGAUCGGCGACCGGCUCAACACGGACAUCCAGUUCGGCGUGGAGGGCCGUCUGGGUGGCACACUGGCCGUGCUGACUGGCGUCAGCAAGAAGGAGGACUGGGACAAGGCUGACGCUCCGGCCGUGCCUGCAUUCUACGUCGACGCUCUGAGCGAUCUGCGCGGACCUGCGAAGCAGUAG